AUUUCUCUUCUAAUUCUCUCAAUUGAUCAACUUUUUAAAUUCCUCGGAACUUUUUUUCCCUUCUCCCUUCAGCAACCUUUUCUCCUUUCCUCUUUUUAAUAAAUUCUUCAAUUAAAUUAUCAAUUUUCUGUACAGACAAAUUUCCCCCUAACUUCUUACAGAUUUGAGAUUGCAUUCAGGGUUUUUGGAGAUGGAAUCUUCGUCGUCGGCAUCGGCGGCGCAGGAGUUUGAUUACUUGUUCAAGCUGUUAUUGAUUGGUGAUUCAGGUGUUGGAAAGAGCAGUCUUUUGCUCAGUUUCACUUCCAAUACGUUUGAAGAUCUCUCUCCUACCAUCGGUGUGGAUUUUAAAGUAAAAUAUGUCACUCUUGGAGGGAAGAAGUUGAAGCUUGCCAUUUGGGAUACAGCUGGUCAGGAGAGAUUUAGGACAUUGACUAGUUCAUAUUACAGAGGUGCUCAAGGAAUUAUCAUGGUUUAUGAUGUAACUCGACGCGAAACAUUCACGAAUCUCUCUGAUAUAUGGGCCAAAGAAAUAGACUUGUAUUCUACAAACCAAGACUGCAUCAAGAUGCUUGUGGGCAAUAAAGUGGACAAGGAAAGUGAAAGAGUUGUCAGCAAAAAAGAAGGAAUAAACUUUGCAAGGGAAUAUGGUUGCCUCUUCAUUGAAUGCAGUGCCAAAACUCGAACUAAUGUGGAGCAGUGCUUCGAAGAACUUGUUCUAAAGAUCUUGGAGACUCCCAGCCUCCUGGCUGAGGGCUCAGCCGGUGUGAAGAAGAAUAUCUUCAAGCAGAAACCACCAGAGACUGAUGCAUCGACCAGUGGCUGUUGCUGAAGUUUCUCACACUUACACAAUUUGGAUCUAUUUCUUUGCCCCAUGUAAUCGUUUUCCAGUUUGUUUUUAACCAAAAAAAUAGAAAAAAUCUUUUUAUCUCCUUGAACAAAUCUGCACAUGUUCUGCAUUUCCCUUUCUAUAUCACUUAUUUGCAUCUUGCUUUAUCGUU